AUGGAAGGCGAUGAGAUCGAUUUCUCCGGCAUUGACGAGGACUUGGAACAGUUUCAGCAGGACGAUAUUGUCCGCGAAGCUCUAAGAGAUGGUGUCGAUUUGAGAGGGUAUGCCAGAGACAUUGACCUCGAGCUUCGAGAGGUGGAGCACAAUAGCGUCGAAGGAUACAAAGUACAGAGCGCAGAAGUGCUGUCUUUGCACCAGCAGAUCCAAGGCUGUGAUGCCAUUCUGGCCCGUAUGCAGGAAAUGCUGCUGGGUUUCCAGGCGGAUCUCGGAGGAAUCAGCGACGAGAUCAAACAUUUGCAGUAG